GGCCCCGGUGAGCCGCGCCGCCGCAUCGCAAAGCCCGUCCUCAGAGCAGGUCCAGCCGCCACCGCCCGAGACCCGCCGCCGCAGCCCUCCCGCGUCGCACACAUGGAGGAUUACCACAAACCCGACCAGCAGACGCUGCAGGCGCUGAAGGACACGGCCAACCGGCUCCGCAUCAGCUCCAUCAAGGCCACGACCGCGGCCGGCUCCGGCCACCCUACAUCAUGUUGCAGUGCAGCAGAGAUUAUGUCUGUGCUGUUUUUCCAUACCAUGAGGUACAAAGUGCAAGACCCCAGAAACGCCAGCAACGACCGGUUUGUCCUUUCAAAGGGUCAUGCAGCACCAAUUUUGUAUUCUGUUUGGGCAGAAGCUGGCUUUCUACAAGAAGCAGAUUUACUGAACUUGAGGAAAAUUGAUUCUGUCCUAGAAGGACACCCAGUGCCAAGACAAGCCUUCACUGAUGUGGCUACUGGAUCCCUUGGGCAGGGUCUUGGCGCUGCUUGUGGAAUGGCAUACACUGGCAAAUUCUUUGACAGAGCCAGCUAUCGAGUGUACUGUCUGCUUGGAGAUGGAGAGUUAUCUGAAGGCUCUGUUUGGGAGGCAAUGGCCUUUGCUGGCUUUUACAAGCUUGAUAAUCUUGUUGCUAUAUUUGAUAUUAAUCGUCUUGGACAAAGUGACCCUGCUCCUCUGCAGCAUCACGUUGAAAUCUACCAGAAACGCUGCGAGGCCUUUGGCUGGCAUGCCAUCAUUGUGGAUGGACACAGUGUGGAGGAGCUUUGCAAAGCCUUUGGCCAGGCCAAACAUCAGCCAACAGCCAUCAUUGCAAAGACUUUCAAAGGCAAAGGCAUAUCAGGUGUUGAAGAUAAGGAAAGCUGGCAUGGAAAGCCCCUUCCAAAAAAUAUGGCUGAACAAGUCAUUCAGGAAAUAGAUGACAGAAUCCAGAACAAGAAAAAACUUUCUCCAGCCCUUCCAGAAGAAGAUGCACCUAUAGUAAAUAUUAGAAACAUUAAGAUGCCAUCUCCACCAACUUACAAAGUGGGAGAAAAGUGGGCCACCCGCAAGGCUUACGGGGUUGCGCUUGCAAAACUGGGCCACGCCAACGAUCGAGUGAUUGCCCUGGAUGGCGACACAAAGAACUCCACCUUCUCUGAGCUCUUCAAGAAGGAACAUCCCAGUCGCUACAUUGAGUGCUACAUUGCUGAGCAGAACAUGGUGAGCAUUGCAGUUGGCUGUGCCACUCGUGACAGGACCGUUGCUUUUGCCAGCACCUUCGCCACCUUCUUCUCGCGGGCGUUCGACCAGAUCCGCAUGGCCGCCAUCUCCGACAGCAACAUCAACCUGUGCGGCUCCCACUGCGGCGUCUCCAUCGGUGAGGAUGGGCCAUCUCAGAUGGGGCUGGAGGAUCUGAGCAUGUUCCGGGCUAUUCCCAACUCCACUGUGUUUUACCCCAGUGAUGCUGUAGCCACUGAAAAAGCAGUGGAAAUAGCUGCCAACACCAAGGGCAUUUGUUUCAUCAGAACCAGUCGUCCUGAAAACCCUGUCAUUUACAACAACAAUGAGGACUUCCAUAUUGGACAGGCAAAGGUGGUUUUGAAGAGUAAGGAUGACCAAGUGACUGUGAUUGGAGCAGGAGUCACUCUGCAUGAAGCACUGGCUGCAGCAGAGCAGCUGAGAAAAGAAAAGAUCUACAUCCGUGUGAUUGAUCCCUUCACCAUAAAGCCCCUGGAUAAGAAGACAAUACUUGAAAAUGCAAGAGCAACCAAGGGCAGAAUCAUCACUGUUGAGGACCAUUACCAUGAAGGCGGCAUGGGCGAAGCCGUGUGCGCCGCCGUGGUGGGCGAGCCCGGCGUCACCGUCACUCGCCUGGCCGUGUCCCACGUGCCCCGCAGCGGGAAGCCAGCGGAGCUGCUGAGGAUGUUUGGCAUUGACAAGGAUGCCAUCAUGCAGGCGGUGAGGGCAGCCCUGUCCAAGUCCAGGAACGCCGAGUAGACGGGAGCAUCUCGUGCUGUGUAACAAGGAGCUGCGUUCGGAGAGGUUAAGGCAGGCAAAGGUGCUUUAUGUAGAGAGUUCUAAUAAAAUACCAGCUUAAAAAACUU